AUGCAUUCAACCAGUAUUCAUAAAGUAAUCGAUCGAAUGAUUUCUUUCUUUCAUCGUAUCGGUAUCUGGCAUGGAGUAGACAGACCUACAGUUAGACAAGUCGGACUGAAGUCAUUCUAUAGCAUCUAUUACGUGUUUUAUCCCACUUCGUUUCUGGUUGGAGCAAUUACCAACGAAACAGUAGAUGACAGUAUUUUGCUAGUGGAAAUAUCACUUCUCGCCGCAGUUCUGACUAUUAAAAUUUGGAUUUUGCUUUGGAAACAGACGGAAAUUAUGGAGUUGCUAGAUCGAAUGUGUGUCUUCUCCAUUCGAAAUCACGAGGACGUAGUAUUUUUCAAUGAAAAAGUGGAAAAUUUCAUCAAAUUUGUGGUGGCAUUCGCAUGUGCUACAAUCGUUGUCACAUUAGGAUGUUCAGCUUUUCCAUUUUUUGGAAGUACGAAGUCUCUUCUUGUGGAUAUUGCGUUUCCAUUGGAUUGGAAAAAUAGUGAAAUUGGAUUUUGGGUGGCGUACAUUUUCUUCACUACCGAAAAUAUUGUAACAUUCCUGGCAAUGGCGUUUUCCGUUAUAGUUUGGUACUUAUUGCUGCUGUGUUCUUUAAGAUAUAAAAUUCUAGGAAUGGAAAUAAGAAACGUGGGACGAAUCACAGGUGACGGUAAAGUAAAACUAUUGGAAAAGGAACAACAGACAAUUUUCUAUCGGGACUUAGUGGCGUCGAUUGAAGCUCAUCUUCAUUUAAAAGGAUUGAUCGACGAGGUGGAUUCAUUUUUAUCGAAACUUUUUCUAUUGCAACUCGCCACCAGUGGCCUAUGUAUUUGCGGUUCAAUUUACUGCUUGGCAUUCGAUAUUGGUGACAACAUUGUAGAACGCCUUGUUCAUGUCUAUACGUUCUUUUAUGGCAUUUCUGAGUUACUUAUGAUAACGUACUUCGGGAAUGAGAUUAUGUUGGCAAGUAAUCUUACAUACAGUCUCUUUGAAACGAAAUGGAUCAGACAACCACAUUCGACCAAGAAAUGCAUAAUCAUUUUUGGAGAAUAUUUGAAGCGAUCGCAUGAGAUGCUAAUCGGUAAAUUGUAUCCGUUAACUUUGGAAACAUUUACUAGGAUUUUAAAUUCAGCUUACACCUUGUUCAACAUUUUGAAAAAUUUCAAAGAAUAA